UGAACACCUUGAGUCUGCGAAAGUCUUGUUGCAACAUGCAAAGCUAAAGUUGGAAAUUGCACCUUGAUGUUUGGCGUUUCUGACGUUUUAGCGGAUGUUUUGCGAUUUAGAAGUCUGUUCGCAAACUCGCCAACUCUAAAUUCACGCCGACUGUGAGUUUCUACUCUCGUGACAACGUCGAACGUCACCAAUUCCGGUACAACACCUCUAUUCGCAGUAAAACGCAAACAGUCGCUGUCUGACUUCGGGGUAAUGUAGCCUAAUAUUCUACUCGUCAAAAGUAAUUUUUGACGCGGCGAACAUUCCCAUAGAGUUAAGAAACUAUCAACCUCUUGCAGACCGUAAACAAGUGCAUUGGAAUGCUACGAAGAGACACAUCCCGGUCUUACCAAGAGUUCAGUGAUGGUGAGGGUGAACAAAUUCCAGACCUGUGUCAGAACGACGGACUGGACGACGAACUGGACGAUGAACUGGACAAGCUGGAGCCUGGCGAAUCCAAAGAUGAUUCUGAAGGUUCAGAAACAGAAGUUGUGGCCAGUUACCCCCUAAUGGGGUUUGACAAAGCCUGCCUGAAGAACAUUUUCUCUGCACUACUUAUCUUGAUCUACCUGAUGCUCACAACUGGGGCUGCCUUCCUGGCAUAUCAGACCAUCACAGACUUCAUGGAGAAACUCAACCACCCAGUCAUGUCUGUCACCUAUAAAGAAGUGGACCUAUUUGAGCCUGCAGGCAUUUCUCUGUACCGUGGGAAGGCACAGUUGUUGAGCUGUAAGCAUUAUUUACACGAUCACAUCCCACCCCUGGAUUCACCCGGGGUACCAGAGAUAGGGGACUGUGUGACAGAGGAGGUCAACUACACAGCCCCCUACUCAAACCACACCACAAGGAAAGCUUUGGUGAUUCAGGGGCCAAAAGAUGUCCGGAACCGAGAGCUGAUUUUCCUGCAGUUGAGUCUGAAUUUGACUCAGGAGGAUUUCAGUGCAAUCAGCUACAUGCUCUUCUUCAAAUUCAGUGACCUGAUCAACAGCAGACACAAGCCAAACUUCAUGCAGGACUGUGAGAGGAACUACUCCAGGUGGACAUUCUCUGGAGGGUUCCGCACAUGGGUGAAAAUGUCCUUGGUGAAGACGUCUGGGAAAGGGAUGGAGUCUGUGGAGUUCCGGCAGGAGACCGGUGUGGUGAAGUACAAUGACAAGAGACCAGAUCCACAGAGAACCAAUGAGCUCUUCUUCGUUGUGUUUCAGUGGAGAGAUCCUUUCAUCCAGGAAGUUCAAGAUCUUCUCCCAACAGAUUGUGACCGCAAACCCCUGGAAUACCAUUGCCAUCCUCUGUGGGGUCUUCCUGGCUCUCUUCAAGGCAGCAGACUUUGCCAAACAAAGCGUCAAAUGGAUGAUCAAACUCCGGAAAAGACACCUGAAACGACGGCAGCGGGAGCUGACCUACAUCAGCUGAGAAAGACCUGUCGCCAGCUUAACUGAUAAUCAACCAUCCAUCAACAAAUCCACUGCAAAAGAUGUGGGUUACAGAGGGUUCCACAUUUGUCCGCAAAACACUACAAUCUUUACUUUCAUUUAAAUUAUUAUUUUUUUAAGUUAACAUUUUUAUUUUAUUUUGAGGUUGGAAGCCAGCAUACAUAAAACUGAACAUUAUUUUUAUGUAAAAUGUUUUUAAAUAUUUUUUUCUCUUUCAGUUUUUACAGACUUGGAAUUAUUGUGAUGAUUUAAGGCUUUUUAGUUUAGUUAUUUUGGGCUUCCCAUUACACACGGUAAAAGAAGACAAAAAUAAAUAUAUCACAAGAGCAGAGGGAAGACCAUAGUGAUAUUUUCAAAUCUUAUAUAUUUUCAUAUUUCCAUAAAAAUGCACUACAGCCCUAUGACUGGUCCUUUCAUUGUUGCUGAAUCAUGGAAAGAGAUUGUUCCUUUUUGGUUCAUAAAAUGGCAGAACUACAGCAACACAACAUGGCUCUAGAUGAGCAUUUUUCUACUUUUCUUCAGUUUUUUGAACAGAAGCAAGGUUUCCCAAAAAACUGAACAAACUGAACAUUUACAUUUCAAUGGACUUUUGUGAAAUUGCUGUACACACAGCAUAAACUGUCGUGUUUGAAAAAGGGUGUAUUCUAUCUGUGUAAGCUGUUUGUUGUGUUUUUGUUAAACUGUUUCAUGCCACAUGUUAUUCCUGAGGAGGGAAAGGUCUGCAGGUUAGAGAUUAAUUUGAGCCAUGUCUCAAAUCAUAUUCUCAGAUGAUUUUACCUGGCUCCCUUAAUUUUUGUGAUCUACUAAUUUAGCAUUUCUUUAAAGUAAUGCAGAUGCUGAAUACCUUUGAUGUUCAAAAAAAAAAAAAAGGUAAGAAAUUAAAGAAAUGUUUGGAAAUGAUCACACAAUUUAUUGUAUUUUUUAAAUGCUAUGAGCCAAUUGAGGGCUACAUAAGAAACUUGCCAGCCAAUGUGCAAACCAAUGUCUAAAUCCACACAGUUUAGUGCCCCACUACCUUUUGUGUUUCAGUGGAUACAAAUGUAAAUGCCCAUCAUCCCAAAAUUUUGGAAAGAAUUUAAUGUUUUUUUUGUUUUUUUUAUCAAUAGGGGAAAACAUGACUGCCUGCCAAGGACUGUUAUAGAUAAGUGCGCAUUGUUUGGUUACUGUUUUUCCUCAGGUUUAAAAGGAUGUUGCCUUAUGGGGAGAAGGGAUGCAUUUAAUGCCUUUUGGCCAAGGGAAAACACUGUCUUGAAAUGUGAAAGGUUAAAGUUGCUGACUUAAUUGCAGAUGAAUUCCUGCAAAACAUAAACAGUUUGUCUUCCUUGUGCAAAACUGGAACAAUUCACUGUCAUGUGAAACAUACUUGAGAUGUGAGGAGGAUUUUGUGAUUAAAUUUGCAAUAAAACAUUCACAAUUUAACAAAUA